UUUCAGAAACAUGGGUAAGGCUCACCUUGAAAACGGGUGUGAGCCGGCUCAACCGCUUUUGGAUAAACCUGAAAAGAGUGCUGAUAAUUCACUUAAGCCUAAUCCAGAAGCAACUGCUAAUAUAUUCUCUAGGAUAACAUUUCUAUUCAUGACCGGCCUGUUUUACAAGGGAUAUCGGAAAACUCUCGAAGUCGACGAUAUGUUCGAGCCUUUACCAGAACACGAAUCCGAAUCAGCCACGGAACGAUUGACCAGAGCAUGGGAGACGGAACAAGAAAUGGCUGCAAAAGACAAUCGACCGCCGAAUUUGAUGACUGCUAUUCGAAGGACGUACUGGAAAGAGAUCGCACAAUUUGGAAUUUUGCUGUUUAUAGAGGAGUCAGUCAAACUAUGUCAGCCUCUUUUCAUGGGACGACUUAUCCGCUACUUUCGCUUCGAUGCUCCCCUGACUGAAGUGGAAGCCUUCGUGGCUGCUGGAGGUGUCGCCAUGACAGCUGCAUUUUUUGCGUUGAUUCAUCAUCCGUACUUUUAUGGACUCCAAAAAGUAGGUCUUGAGCUGAAGAUUGCUGCCAGUGGAAUGCUCGUGAAUAAAGGUGUCCGAUUGUCAAGUGCCGCACUUCACAAGACCACUGUGGGACAUAUGGUGAAUCUCCUGUCCGUGGACGUCAACAAAUUCGAUAUGGGUUUCAUCUUUUUGCAUUACAUGUGGGUAGCUCCUCUGAUGCUUAUCGCAUACAGUUAUUACCUAUGGCAAGAAAUAGGUCCUUCAGCUUUUGCAGGAUUUGGUGCUCUAAUAGUGUUAAUUCCUGUGCAAGGUUACUUCAGCAGACAAAUGGGACGUUGCAGGAAAGAGAUUGCCGCACGAACUGAUAAAAGGAUCAGCAUCAUGAAUGAAAUUUUGAAUGGUAUUCGUGUUAUAAAAAUGUACGCAUGGGAAGGUGCAUUUUCCGAGGUCGUUGCUGACCUGCGCAGACGUGAAAUGAGCAAAGUACGGGCGAAUGCCGUUUAUCAGUCACUUGUGAUGGGAUUAUUCUGGUCUUCUGGAAAGCUUAUUGUGUUAUUUGCUGUACUUUGCUUUGUUCUUACUGGAAAUGAUCUCAAUGCCGAAAAGAUCUUUGUUGCUAGUGCACUUUACAACGCUUGCCGUCUUCCUGUUACUCUUUUUCUCCCGUUUUCGUUGCAAUUUCUCUUUGAAGUACGAGUAUCUAUCAGGCGAAUACAGGCAUUCCUUGAACUGGAGGAAUUCUCAUCAUUUGCUCAUGAGUCUUCGUUGUAUCAUUCCGAUCGGUCCGCUCAUUACGUGUCUUCUGAUGCAGGUGAAAAACAGGUACUUCUCAAGCAGGUAUCAAAUGGAAAUAUUGCUAAUGAUUUGAUACAUGAGAAAAAACCACAGGAUUAUGGUCGAAUAACCAUUCAGUCGCUUACUACCUCCUGGCAGGUAGCAGAGGAAGAUGGCGAGGAUAUUUUUGCCGUUCGAAAUCUUUCGCUAGAGGCUGGGCCUGGGGACCUCGUUGCUGUGAUAGGACCUGUGGGAUCGGGCAAAUCAUCUGUAUUAUCUUCACUGCUUUGUGAGGCGCGUCGCGUAAGCGGCAAACUUACUAUAACGGGAAAAGUUGCCUAUUGUAGUCAAGACGCUUGGAUUUUUAGCGGAACCAUUCGAGACAAUAUCCUAUUUGGUUAUGAGUUCGACGAAGAAAGGUACCGAAGAGCUUUAGAAAUAUCGGCUCUCAACGCUGACAUCGCACAGUUUCCUCAUGGUGACGCUGUUCUCGUAGGAGAUCGAGGCACCUCGUUAUCAGGCGGACAGAAGGCUCGUAUCGGUCUUGCUCGAGCUAUAUACUCGGAGGCUGACGUUUUCCUGCUUGACGAUCCUCUCUCAGCAGUUGAUGCAACAGUCGGACGUUUUUUGUUCGAGAGGUGCAUAUGCGGUUAUAUGCGAAACAAAACAGUUGUGUUGGUCACGCAUCAAAUACAGUUUCUAAAUCGUGCUACGCUAGUCUUGCUAAUGAAAGAUGGAGAGGUAGUGGCAAGAGGGAGCCUUGAUGAAUUGAAAAAACUACAUGCGGAACAGUUCGCAGCCUUGAUACAGGAAACAGAAAAAUCAUAUGCGCGACGAACCUCUUCCGAGUGUGUAUCUCACAAUAAUAGUCCUCGUCGCACUAUCUCUAGAAUGUCUGCAGCAGAGAGCGAUGAACCUGAUCGUUUGGAGAGGUCCCCCAGUCAUGUCAGCGAAAAAGAUGACAAUGCAUUUGAGGGCAAGACUGACUAUGUUCCUGAGGUCGUCGAGGAAGACAAAGUUGCGGGAGCUGUUUCCUGGCGAAUUUACUUGGUUUAUAUCCAAACGAUGUGCACCAACCCUUUCAUAAUCCUGCCGCUGCUUGUCGUUGUCUUCGGUGUGCAGGUGCUUUUCAAUCUAACCGAUUGGUGGCUCAAUAAAUGGACAAAUGCCGCAGAGAAGAAUGUUGCCGCUAGAAUCAGUAAUACAACUGUAGAUAAGGACCGGUAUGUAUUCUUUGGACGGGAAUACUUCGUUGGCCUAGAUGACUACAUGUAUUCUUACACAAUCAUGACGCUUGUUUUGGUGGUCGGCUCUGUGGCCAGAUGUGUAUGGUUCCGGUUUUCUCAAACAAUUGCCUCUAUAGCUUUACAUAAGAAAAUGUUCAAGGCUGUAGUUAAUACAAAGAUUGCUUUCUUCGACAAAAAUCCUAUCGGGCGCAUCCUUAACCGCUUUUCAAAAGAUGUAGGAACAAUGGAUGACCAAUUAUCCUUUGUAUUCUUCGAGUUCCUGAUGGGAGCACUGAACUUUUUUGGUUUCGUCUUCGUGAUUCUUCUGCUCAAUCCCAUAGUAUUCUUGCCUACUCUUCCACUUGUCUUGCUUUUCUUCCUGCUCCGGGUAGUGUACUUAGCAUCGUCGCGCGAUGUCAAACGACUGGAAGCAACAACGCGUAGUCCACUUUACUCACAUAUCUCGGCAUUUAUGAAUGGUUUAUAUACUGUUAGAGCAUUUGGCAAGCAGAAGGAAGUUCUGCAUGAGUAUUAUAGAGCUCAGGAUAUUAACACCGCCACAUUCGGGCUAACGCUUACAACGGCUCGGCUGUUUGCUGUUUGUAUAGAUUGGUUAGUGGCUAUCUUUGUCUCAAUCGUGGCUUUCUGUGCCGUCAUUAGUACCGUAACCAUGAGUUCCGGAGAAGUGGCUUUGAUGUUAGUAUAUGCCGUACAGCUGACUGGUUUCUUCUCAUGGAUCAUGCGGCAGUCGGCUGAAUUGCAGAAUGGAAUGGUAUCCGUGGAAAGGAUUGUACAGUACACAGAACUCGAGUCUGAGCAUGAUAAUACUCAAGCUGAAGAAAUACCAAAAUCCUGGCCCAGCGAAGGCCACAUUACGAUCACCGACAUGAGUAUGAAAUACGAUGAAGAUGGGGAAUAUGUUUUGAAAAACGUUUCGUUGGAUAUCAAGCCCAAGGAAAAGAUUGGCAUCGUUGGGCGCACUGGUGCAGGAAAAUCUUCCUUAUUGCGAGCUCUAUUUCGUCUUACCCCACCCGUCUCUGGAACCGUCAUGAUUGAUGGUGUGGACACAGCUACAUUGCCCCUGAAAGUGCUGCGAAGAGGAAUCGCCAUAAUUCCACAAGAACCGAUUCUUUUCAUUGGAAGCUUGCGAAGAAAUCUCGAUCCUUUCAAUCAGUACACUGAUGAGGAAUUGUGGCGUGUCUUGGAACAGGUUGAACUCAAACCCGUAGUAAUGGAAUUAGCUGGAGGUUUGGAAAGUCCAAUGCACGAAGGUGGAACAAAUUUUUCUGUUGGUCAGCGGCAGCUUGUCUGCUUAGCGAGAGCACUUCUACGUAACUCGCGCAUCAUUGUCAUUGACGAGGCCACAGCAAAUGUUGAUCCUCGAACGGAUGCACUUAUUCAAAGAACCAUCCGCGAAAGUUUUGCUGAUGCUACUGUACUGACAAUAGCUCACAGAUUGAAUACGAUCAUGGAUUCAAGCAGAGUUCUGGUGCUAAAAGAUGGCGAGGUUGUUGAGUUCGGACCAGCUUACGAAUUGCUUCAAAAACCAGGUUGUGUUCUUAAAGUUUUGGUAGAGGAGACAGGCAAGGAAAAUUCAGAAGUGCUUCAUAAGAUGGCCGAGGAAAACUAUCUGUCAUCUAAGUAGUCGAUUUAAUAAUUGUUACCUGUUGUUGUUUUUGUUUUGCUAGUUGUCUGUCAAUUGCCCAUAAGCAAUAAUGAUAGGUCGAUCAUUACUUUAUGCAUAUUGUUUAGGUACGCAUAAUUUCUCCAUUAUUGUGAUCUGUUUUUCUAGCACUGACGCCAUAAUUUCUGGGGAGUUUGUGCUUUCCUUUUUAUUUGUGUGCAAUGGUCACCCUAAUUGCAUAAUUUUUCUUUUUUAGUAACUCAUACAUGCAUUUUUUAAGAUCUUAAUUGACAUCAAGAAUGAUGAAGCAUCACGCUAAUAAUUAAAUUUGAUUUGAUGCGAGUACGAAUGUGAUUUAGCUCAGAAUAAGCGGGACCACCUGUGUAAAAGAAGAUCUAACAGGCUUUUUAUGGUGUAAAAUGGAGGAUGUUGUCACCCUUGAAUCAUUCACUUCCUGCUUUUUUCGUUCUCAUGUCUCUCUGUUUAACCCGUGAAUUAAUAAUCACAAGCUUUAUAUAUUUUAAUAAUCGUUCUAGUAAUAAAUCAUCAUGGAGUA